AUGCCGGAAAAAGUCGACCGCGUCGAUGUCACAGCCAUAACCAAGUUUAACGGAGAGAACUAUCCGCAAUGGAAAUUUCAAAUAGUCUGUGCCCUCCGUGCCAAAAGUAUCCUGGACAUUGUGAAAGGUGAGAAGAAGAAGCCUAAUACCAAUACGGAUGGGGAAGCAGAUGCAUGGGAUAGGAAGGACGCGCUAGCUAUGUUCACUAUAACAUCAGCUAUGGAAUUCAAACAAAUUGCGCUGAUCGAAAAUUGUAAUACUUCUCAUGAGGCACAACACAUAAGCAAGGUCGAAUCCUUGGCUCGUCAAAUAAAAGACAGUGGUGAUACAGUCAGUAACUUAGCGAUAAUGACUAAAAUAAUAAGUACACUUCCCAUGAAAUAUAAAGGUUUCAGGCAAGCAUGGAUGUCCACACCAGAGGAUCAACAGACUCUUAGCAAUUUAACUGCUCGACUGUUGGAUGAAGAGGCCAGUUUAACUGUCCAAGAAGAGCAAGAUAACGCUCUUGCAGAAAAAUUUGUUCUCCAAAGAAAAACUGACAGUUCUGGGUAUGGAAAUCAAGAAAUCCCAAGAUAA